CACCCUCACACACUCGCACACACAACCUGUAUCCCUCUCCCUGGACUCCAGCCUCUGCCUCAGACUGGUCCAGGCCGCAGUCCGGACCACAUCUCGCCUUGGGAGACCUUUGUUCUACAGGAAAAUCGAAGCAAUUCACACGGUCUCUCGAUAAGGAUGCACGACUGAAGGCGUUUGUAACCUGCAGCGUUCCUCCGAGUCUUCUGCCAAGUGCCCUCAGGCGUGCCGCAAGGAUGCUGCUGUUUGCUCUGCUCAUUCUUAGCCACACUACGCAGGGUUUACCGAAUGCCGAUGACGUCACAACCCCACCCUGGGCAUCCACUGAGAGUCAGCCAACAACGACCGAUGUACCAGUAACUACAAGAGAUGAAGCUGAUGAUUUGGGCAUACGAUUGCCUAGCUCCCUGAAACCACUCCAUUACCUGGUCAAACUCCAACCCUUUAUCAAUGGCAACUUUAGCAUCUUCGGCUACAUGGAGGUGGAGAUGGAGGUGCUGGAACCGACCUCGAAAAUCACGCUCCACAUGGCCGACAUCAUCACUAAAAAUGACACAAUAAAGGUGUAUACUCCUGGUCAAGCGACAGGCCAAGGCAUGCGGAUCAAGAAGCAUGAGUACGAUCAUGGUCGUCAGUUUUAUAUCGCCCAUCUGAAGAAAGAGCUGCAGAAGGGAAGGAAGUACAUUCUCUCCAUGGAAUUCCUUGGUUAUCUCAAUGACAAGCUACACGGGUUCUACAGGUCGACCUACAUGGAUGCUGACGGCAACACCAGGAACGUUGCUGUGACACAGUUUCAGGCCACUGAUGCCCGCAGAGCCUUCCCUUGCUUCGAUGAGCCUGCCCUGAAGGCGAUCUUUGAAAUUCACCUCGCAAGGGAAUCUUGGAUGACGACCCUCUCCAACAUGCCCAUUGCCGAAACUGUGCCUAUCGUCGGGCAAGAGGGAUGGGUGUGGGACCGUUACGAGAAGAGUGUUCCCAUGUCCACCUACCUCGUCGCCUUCGUUGUGUCGGAUUUUGUUCAAAUCAACACUACAGUGAAUGACAACGUGGUACUUCGAGUGUGGGCGCGACGAGAGGCCAUAGAUCAGGCACAGUAUGCAAUGAAGGUGGGCCCCAAGAUCCUGAGUUUUUUUGAAGAGUAUUUCGACUUGCCUUUUCCUCUCCCGAAGAUGGAUAUGGUUGCAUUACCCGACUUCUCUGCAGGAGCCAUGGAAAACUGGGGUCUUAUUACUUACAGAGAAAAGUACCUCAUGUACAUUCCGGAAGUGUCGACCCCAGAAUCAAGAGCAUCUGUGACUGAGACAAUAUCCCAUGAAUUGGCUCACCAGUGGUUUGGGAACCUGGUUACUCCCGUGUGGUGGGACGACCUCUGGCUUAACGAAGGAUUUGCUACCUAUAUAAGUUUGCUUGGCGUGGAUCGUGCAGAACCAACGUGGAAAGUAUUGGAAACUUCAGCCAUCCAAGGAGUUCAUGGUGUGUUCGAUCUUGACAGUCUGGAGUCAUCACACAAGAUCAGCAUUCGCGUCAAUCACCCUGACGAUAUCACCGAAGUCUUUGAUGGCAUAUCCUAUCAAAAGGGAGCAUCUAUCAUCAGAAUGAUGACCCAUUACCUCACUGAAGCAACAUUUAGGAAGGGGCUGACCAACUACCUGAAAUCACUUGCAUACAAGAAUGCAGUGCAAGAUGACUUGUGGAAAUAUUUAACACUGGCGGCUCACGAGGAUGGCAUUCUACCCCAGAACGUGACUGUUAAGAUGAUCAUGGACACGUGGACGCUGCAGAAGGGCUACCCUGUCAUCCACGUUAAAAGAAGCCUGGAUGGAACCUCCGCCAUUUUGACACAGGAACGCUUCCUUGUAGAAAGGAGCACAAACUCUUCCAACAGCACUGAUUACAAGUGGUGGGUGCCGCUGACUUACACGACCCAGAGUGAGGCCAACUUUAACCAGACUCAAGCCAAGUUAUGGAUGAAGGACUCUGAGGAUUACAUCAUCGUCUUAUCCCUUCCACCCACAGACCAGUGGGUCAUCUUCAACCUGCAGGAGACGGGCUACUACAGAGUCAACUACGAUGACCACAACUGGAAUCUUAUUAUCCAGCAGUUGAAGAAGGACCACCGGGUUAUUAACCCCAUCAACAGGGCGCAGAUAAUCGAUGACGCCAUGAGCGUUGCUAAAGCUG